AUGGCAACGUCUGUAAGAUGGAGAGAUGAAAUGGAAGAUGGUGGUUCGCUGGAGGAAACUACAAUAUUUCUUAUGGAUGAAGAUGAAGAAAUGAAACGAGAGAUGAAGAGACUGGACGCUGCUGACACUUCUAAUCUGACUACCUGGGCACAGAGGGCAGCUGUCCAACAUGACGACCAUGUCAGGAGUGGUUCGCCAAGCUCGGAUCAUCGAACGUUGAUGUCGGCUUCAACGGUUCCACUGUCGUCACCCUAUGCGACAAGGCGUGCUGUGCCAUCAAUUUCAGAUAAUAUCCUAGAAUCAGACAAUGAACAUUCUUCUCCAUAUGGCUCACCAAGGCUGCUUCAUGCACUCUCGUCGUCUCUCUCGAAUGUAUCACCUCAAGUCUGCCGAAAGAAUUUACCUUGCAACAAUCUCUCACCUCUGGUCUCUCGGAGGACGCCGUCUCCGAACUCGCUAUCUCCGCUGAUCUCUAAGAAUAGCGUUUCACCGUACUCCUCGCUGAAUACAUCACCAAGUUCAUCACCAUGUGCGUCACCGAGUGUGUCACCAGGUGUGUCGCCUAGUGCGUCGCCACAGAAUUCACCAUCGUUAUCACCGGGACUAACUCCAGAAUGUGGUACAAGACCAAAAGUGAAGGUGAUUGAUGCUGUGAAAUCGUUGAGAGAACAAGCAGAAUAUGUGGAAACCCAUCAGAAUAUGUGGGAACCCAUCAGAGUAUAUGAGAAUCCAUCAGAGUAUGUGGAAACCCAUCAGAAUAUGUGGGAACCCAUCAAAGUAUGUGGAAACCCAUCAGAGUAUGUGGGAACACAUCAGAAUAUAUGGGAAUCCAUCAGAGUGUGUGGAAACCCAUCAGAAGUAUGUGGGAACCCAUCAGAGAGUAUAUGGGAAUCCAUCAGAGUAUGUGGUAACCCAUCAGAUUAUAUGGGAAUCCAUCAGAGUAUGUGGAAACCCAUCAGAGUAUGUGGAAACCCAUCAGAGUAUAUGAGAAUCCAUCAGAGUAUGUGGGAACACAUCAGAAUAUAUGGGAAUCCAUCAGAGUAUGUGGAAACCCAUCAGAGUAUGUGGAAACCCAUCAGAGUAUAUGAGAAUCCAUCAGAGUAUUUGGAAAUCUAUCUGAGGAAACUCGUUAGAAUAUGUGGGAACCCAUCAGAAUAUAUGGGAAUCCAUCAGAGUAUGUGGAAACCCAUCAGAAUAUAUGAGAAUCCAUCAGAAGUAUAUGAGAAUCCAUCAGAGUAUUUGGAAAUCUAUCUGAGGAAACUCGUUAGAAUAUGUGGGAACCCAUCAGAGUAUGUGGAAAUCCAUCUGAAGAAACUCAUUAGAAUAUGUGGGAACCCAUCCAAAUAUUUGGGAACCCAUCAGAAAAUUGAAGCAGCCGAGGCUAGUCAGUGGUUGAAGGCUGCAGGAUUUCCGCAGUAUGCUCAGAUGUACGAAGAUUGUUUGUUUCCUAUAGAUAUACAUUCAGUAGAGACGGACCACGACUUUUUAGACCGUGAUUCGAUACACUCCUUAUUCAGACGCCUGAAUACACUCAACAAAUGUGCCUCUAUGAAGAUUGAAACCAUACCUAAGAAAACUGGUGAUGAAUCAGACGACGAUGAUCAGUGCGCUUUAAGCCGAAAGUGGAAAUUUCAACGCAGUAGUCGACGUUGGUCAAGGCGAUUGAAUCCAUUAGAGGUGUUUAUUUUAGAGAAUUAUACAAAGAGUGAUAUCUUGGACGGUUGUGAUCAACUGCACUUGCAAGAGAGUGAGAAAGCAUUAUCUUUGGACAGUAACAGGAGUAUGCUAACUGAUAAAUACGCUAAUUCAAGUAGUAUUGAUAGUCCCGCCACUCGUCAGAAAAGUUAUCGUAUUCCUAACCCUGAAAUCGACACGAUGAAGCACAAAAAGAGCACAAAGAAGCAACCCACGAUGGGUGAUGUGACUACACCCAGGGAAGCAAUUAUUGAAAUUUCCUCACCAAUCCUUGUUCAGAAAUUAACUCACAGGGACUUGGCAAUGAACACUCACGAAAGAAUGAAGGGAGCCAAGAGCUUGCUGAAGCGAUUGGAUAGCUUAAAAGGAAGAAAAAGCUCAAGUUUAAAGAAACGACCAGCCUUGAAUUUGAAAGGUGGUAUUAAUAUAAGCCAACCUAUCUUGACAGCUAAUAGUAACGUACAAGACAAAAUUGAACUGUAUAACUGCGUUGAUUUGAAUCCGAGGAAAGACGACGUAGUGCCACGUGACAAAUCUAUGACUUCACCGUCUGUUACUCGGAGGGUGAAAACUGAUCAUAAUGCAGCUGAUAGGAGCAAGCGUGGAGGGGUUGUCUUUUCUAACAAUGAGAGCCUCAAUAUAGCUGAUGUAUGCGAAAAAAUGGACACCAAGGAAAGUCCUAAAAUACCUCCCAAAUGCAGCCCAGCUUCUGGAAAUAGACGCAACACUGAAAUAAGUUACAGUAAUGACAAUGUAUUUAGUGCCUUUGAUGAUCAAGAGUGUGGAACAUUUCCGAGACUGCUCUCGAAUGGAUACAUUGAGACAGGCACUGGCAGUAGAAUCAACACACGUACAGGUAGCUUCAAUUUCGGCAGUGAUUCUUGCCAUGACAAUACUUUUUUUCCAAGACCGCGACGACGGCGACGCAACUCAGAAGAUGAUAGUGCCUUACGUAGUAGCGUUUAUGAUAACGUGGCAUUCCAUGGCAGUCUUGACAGCAUGGCUUAUACAGAUAUUGGCUUAGAUGAGAUUGAGGAGCAGCUACGUCAGGAGAUUAACAAUUUAUCAAACUUGGACAACUGCAACUCAACCAGCAUGCCUGCGAUGACAGAGCAUGUUCCCGAGCUACAAAAAUAUGGAUUGUCUAGAAAUACUAGCAUUGCUAGUAUGUCUUCGAACGAUUUGGAAACUGAAAAGCAGGAUAUAUUAAAUAAUAUCAGCCAAUUGUUGAUGACUGAUUAUCUGCAAGACGAACCAAGCAACAAUAAUAGCCAGGAUAAAAGCGAUACAGUAUCUAUGAAAUCAUACGACACGUGGCAUGAUGAGGAGGUUACAGAAGACAUCAGUGCAAUCAGUGCAGAGGUAGAGGCAAUACUGAACGGGAUUAACGAAAAUUUGUGUCAGUUGACGGAAAUUAACAUGGACGAAACAUAUAUUGGGGAUGACAGCUCAGUGACAUCACCCAUUCCAUCGCCUACUCCCGAUACCACCCCUGAAAUACCAUCUAAGAAGAUACACCUUCAGAUUGACACAGAUGCCGGAAUCAGCGGUAACUCUUCCUGUCAGGAUACGAGUGAAAUUGACACAGCAGGUUCAAUGGAAGAUCUAACAGGAGUCAUGGAAGUCCAUGAGAGACGAGACUCUGGCGUGGGAAGCUCAUUGUCAAGGUCUGUCAGAAGACCUCGUAUUCGCUGGCACAGUUUCUCCAAAUCACACAGACCGAGUCUCAAUUCAAGGCCAUUCCAGAUUCAUAAUCUGUCUGCUGGACAAAUUAUGGUGCUACGAAAACUCUCUCUCUUGAAGCUUACCGCUAUGAUGGAACGAUACUCGAUAUCCAACAGAUCAUGGUCGGGGUGGAUAAAAGUGAUGCCUCGCUUCAUGCGAAGAAUGAAAGCGCCUGAUUAUAAGGACAGAGCUGUAUUUGGCGUACCCCUCAGUGUUACGUUACAACGUACUGGACAACCACUGCCACAGACAAUACUUCAUGCGAUGAGGUAUCUCAGGAAAACCGCUCCAGAUGCGUUAGGAAUAUUCCGCAAACCCGGGGUCAGGACGCGUAUCCAGCAACUGAGGAAUGUUAGUGAGAGUAACCCAGAUGAAGUUGACUACGAAGGUGUGAUGGCCUAUGAUGUAGCCGAUAUGCUAAAGCAAUAUUUCCGUGAGUUACCUGAGCCGCUAUUAACGAGUAAAUUGUCCGAGACUUUCAUAACCAUUCAUACAGCCAUGCCGAAAGACAUACGUCUGCAAGCCAUGCAGGCCUCUAUUAUGUUGAUGCCAGAUGAAAACAUUGAAGUGCUGCAGUCAUUGCUUUUAUUUCUUAGUGAUAUAGCUGAACAUUCAGACACAAAUCAGAUGACAGCCCAUAAUUUAGCAGUUUGCUUUGCUCCAUCAUUGUUUCACAUGAGCGGGCCACGUUCCGGUUCAAGCCCACAAAGACGUCGACGUGCAAACCUUGGAAAGCCAGACCAGAAAGAAUUGAGCGAUAAUAUCGCCGCUCAUGAAUGCUUAGCAACAAUGAUUAAAGAAGUCAAAAAGCUAUUUGUGAUUCCUGAAGAGACAAUGAUGAAGUGUCAUUUCUCUUACAUGGAGCUGGGAGAGCCUGUCUCUGUAAAUGAGCUAGGAUCUAAAAAGGAAGAUGAUAACAAUGCUGACUACAAGAGCUACAUUGAGUCCUGUGUUCAGGGGCUCCUUAAGGAGGCGAGAGAGAAAUUCAAAGGCUGGGUAUCGUGUCCGCCAAUGGAAAACGGUACUGAGUUGGCGUACAAGAAAGUGGGGGAUGGUCAUCCGCUGAGGCUUUGGAAGUGUACAGUGGAGGUAGAAGCCCCACCGACUGAGCUGCUUCAUAGGAUAUUACGAGAAAGGCAUCUUUGGGAUGAUGACUUUGUUAAGUGGAGGAUAGUGGAGAAACUCGACCAACAAACAGAAGUAUUGCAGUAUGUUAGUAACUCAAUGGCGCCACAUCCGAGUCGUGACUACUGUACUCUCAGAAGCUGGAGAGCGGAUCUACCAAGGGGAGCUUGUGUUCUUGUGUCUACAUCGGUUGAGCAUCCCGAUGCCUCUCUUAUAGGUGGAAUUCGGGGAACUAUAUUAGCAUCGAGAUUUUUAAUUGAACCUUGUGGUGCUGGGAAGUCAAGAUUGACGCAUAUAUGCCGACUCGAUACCAGGGGUCGAAGUGUUGAAUGGUACAACAAAGUAUUUGGACACAUGAGAGCCAAUCUGAUUGGCAAGCUGAGGGAUUCUUUCAAGCAUAAUAGUACAGAUGGACCUGAAACCAAAGUUUAAUUGCGUUGCUAAAAGACAAUAACCAAAGUGCCUCAAAAGACA